AUGUCUUCUCCAGAUCUCACUCGUCUCCACACCCACGACUUAGAACUGGGUGUGACUGAUGCAAUCCAAAGACACGUCUCCCGCCACGUUGUUCCUGCAAAGCCCGUAUCCCAGCGCCGACUCGAUUUCGAGCGUGCUCGCCCACGAUGGGUCCGCGAGUGCAUGGCCGAGGCCACCGGUGUAUUCUUUUACGUCUUCCCCGGCAUCGCCGCCGUGGCCAGCUUCACCUUGAACCUUGCCAGUCCGGUCGGCGUGGCGGCGUUUGGCAGCCUCUUUCAGAUCGGUUGGGCAUUCGGCUUUGGCAUUGCUUUUGCCAUCAUCUGCUGCGGGCCAACAUCUGGUGGCCACUUCAACCCGUGCAUCACAAUUGCUCUAUGGUUCUGGCAGGGUUUCCCGCUGAAAAAGGUCCCGCAAUACAUUAUCAGCCAGAUAUUUGGCGCAUUCAUUGCAGGAUUGCUCGUCAUGGGCAUGUACUGGCCGCAGAUUCAGGAGAUGAAGGCAGAGCUAAUCGCUGCAGGCAAGCCAUUAGUAGCGAAUGGCGCUCCUGCUAGCAUUCUGUGUUCUUUUCCUAAUCCAAAUCAGACGAACCUUGGCUUUCUCUUCAUGAUUGAGUUUUUCGUCGACGCCUUCCUCGCCCUCGUCAUCUGGGCUUGCAUUGAUCCCACCAACCCAUUCAUCUCGCCCGCAAGCGCCCCCUUUGUCAUUGGCACCGCCUAUGCGACCAUGGUUUGGGGUUUUGCUGACAUUACCAUAAGCACCAACAUGGCUCGUGAUUUGGGCACGCGCAUGGUUGCUGCCAUCUUCUUCGGGAAGGGGGCGUUUACUUACAUGACUUACUCGCCCAUCAGCAUUCUCGUCAGCAUCCCAGCCACCCUUUGUGCCACUGGGUAUUAUGAGUUUUUGAUGCGCGAUAGCUUGCUGAGGAUUCAAAAAGGGCAUGUCCAGUUUGAAUCAGGCAGCGAAGGGCUCAUGCGCCACCUCAGUCGGGCAUCAGCCACCGUGGAAGAUGACAGCGACAUUUCAAAGCACAUGGAGCAUAGCAGUAACAACUAG